CCUCCGUGGUAUAUGUAAUGUUAAGUCACAAUAAUCCUUUAUCAUCAUACGUUAACUUGAAAAUCCACCGAAAACUGUUUACUGACAAAAUCAUAGUCAUAUGUAAAUCCAGUACUGUCAUAAAGCUGUCUCUCCAGCCCUUUUCAUGCUGCAUUUCUGCAAAAGUGCUCCAACUCGGAUUCAAGUGUGAAGCAUGUUUCUGAUGUGAGAAUUGACUUGUUUACACUAUCACAUUGACUGUAAAAACCUAAAAAUGGUAUUUACUUUCUUUGUUUCUGAGCGAUCUCCUCAUGUUAUUUCUGUGGUCUGUUCAGGAACUAUUAUCAGAUUUCAACAUAAACUGAGGUGAGACGCCCAAUCUGGCAUCAGAACAUGAGCAUGUGCUUCACAAGUCGAGGUUAUGUAACUUUCAAAGGCGCACUAAAGAAAGUUUUAGAGGGUGAUGAUGCCCAGCGAGCUGGCUGAAGCUCGAUAAGGCAGCGUUACCCUGGAGGAGAUGGCAGCAUACUCUAAAAUUACACAACAGUGCCAGCAGCAAGAGUUCUGGCCUUCAAAGACUGGGCAAAUAGGCCAAAAACUGGUUCAAAAGGCCUGGCGUGUUUGAUUUCUCAAAAUAAUCAGAAAAUCUGGCAUGUGUACAGUAACUAUCAGAGUUUUAAAGACUGGUUUGUGUGUCAGAGUUAUGAUUUUAUUCACACAUGUGCAGAACAGAGACAAACUCUGCAAGGCCAACAUGAGAGUUUGGCUAAGUCAGAGUUAGCAGAUCAGUAACAAUGCACUUAAUAACAGAGGUUAAAAACUGCCAAUGUUAAUGUUUGCACAGAUGUCUGAAAAACCUUGGGACACUAAUCUUGUUUUGUAGGAAUGAGAUAAGGAAGAGGGAAUGCUGUCUUUGUGUGAAUGAUAAGAUAACUUUGGGUAGAAUGACCUACUUUGCUGAGAUAGUGAAGUUUGAAGGUAAAGUGUCAUACUCUCACAUACGAAAAUCACAUGAUUUGAUUCAGGUUGUUACAUAAAUGGUGUAUAUGAUCUGUAUAAUAUAAAAAUAACACAUUUAUUACAGAGUAAAAAGCUUUUAAUGAAAUGGUCAGGUGAUAAGAUUACCGUUGUCCAUUUCUUAUGGUUGUUUCCUUUGUCUCCAGGUGCUGCUGGAGUCUUGGUUGGGCACCCAUUUGACACAGUCAAGGUGAGACUGCAGGUCCAGAGUGUUGAUAGGCCUCUGUACCGCGGGACCUUUCACUGUUUCCAGUCCAUCAUACGCCAGGAGUCGGCAUUUGGUUUGUACAAAGGCAUCGGAUCCCCCAUGAUGGGCCUUACAUUUAUUAAUGCUAUAGUGUUUGGUGUUCAGGGAAACACCAUGCGGAUGCUGGGACAUGACACCCCCAUGAACCAGUUCCUUGCCGGUGCAGCAGCAGGCGCCAUCCAGUGUGUCAUCUGCUGCCCCAUGGAGCUGGCCAAAACCCGCAUGCAAAUGCAGGGUACAGGAGAGAAGAAGAAGUCCGCCAGGAAGUUAUACAAGAAUUCCUUGGACUGCUUGGUACGCAUCUACAACCGGGAGGGUCUGCGGGGUGUAAACCGAGGCAUGGUCACCACAUUAAUCAGAGAGACGCCUGGCUUCGGAGUGUAUUUUCUGGCCUAUGACGUGAUGACACGCAGCCUCGGCUGCGAGCCGGACGACCGCUACAUGAUCCUCAAGCUGCUGUUCGCCGGGGGCAUGGCCGGCAUCGCCUCCUGGCUCUCCACCUACCCCGUGGAUGUGAUCAAAUCACGGCUGCAGGCGGACGGGGUGGGCGGAGUCAACCAGUACAGCAGCAUCGCUGACUGCGUGCGACAGAGCGUGAGGAGAGAGGGCUACAUGGUGUUCACACGAGGCCUUACCUCCACGCUGCUACGAGCCUUCCCCGUGAACGCGGCUACUUUCGCCACCGUCACCCUCAUCCUCAUGUACGCCCGCGGCGUGGAGCAGGGACCCAACGACUGCGAGUCGGCUCAGCCCAGCCACCACGCACAGAUACAGCAGCAGGUCCAACCCUCCAGCCUGUGACAGCACAGAGGUGUCAGCCUCAACCUGGGCACUUUACAAGAGAAUGGAAAGACAAAAUAUCCUACAAACCCUUUACUACUGUCCGACUCAGUCUCACAGCAGACAAGUCAUUCCCAAUUUUGAGUCAAAAAUACCUGAUUUAUAUAAACGCUGGUUUUUACUGUCAUUUCAAAAAGGAAAAAAAACUCUAUUGAUUUUUUUUCACAGUUAUUUAAGUUUCAGGGUUGCCUCUGCAGAUGAAGACUUGUAUAGGGAAUACCUCUAAUAAGAUGGAAAAAUGGAGCUUUCAGAUUCAUAAGUUUUUUUAACAGCAGCUUUUAUGACACUGAUCUAGACUUGUUACUGAGCUGAGGCUAGGUAGUGUGUACAGUGUAGACACUGAAGGUUAGUACAUAUAUCAUGGAAUGUGCAGUGUUUAACUGCACCUGUAUAUAGCAUUUAUUUUCUUUUUUUAACGUAUAGGAAACCUUUUUCCUGCCUUAUGAUAUGGAUACUUUUAUUUUGUGUAAGGAAGCUGAAGCACCUGUUUGUAUCUGA